AUGUCACCUGUACUAUCUGACACACCUGCAGUCAAGCUCGAACCAUCCUCUUCUAAAACUGAUCCCGUCAAUGGGAGAGGACUAGAGUCGUUGUUCACUGAUCAUGCUUACUGUGAGAUCUUGGAACAGGUUAUCGAUCAUCUUGAUCUGAGGGAUAUAGCCAGACUUCUGAGAGUCACCAAACUUGUCAAUGAAGUAUUCACAUCUUCAUCAAAACUACAACUUUCUUACAGAAGAUAUUAUCAUGCUUUACCUGAGUCAACAUCGAUUACCGCGAUCCAACGUGGAUCAACCUGUUUCACGGAUAAACGUAGUACUUCCCAACAACCACAUUCAGCAAAAACCCUGUCUGACUUAUUAGAGAAAGAAGAAAGACUUGAUGUGUUAAAACCAAGUUCUAUAAGGUGUAUACACGUACCAAAUGCUACCGUCUUCGAAUUGAAAUCAGGGUUAUUAUUGAUGGGUGAAUGUUUGCAUAAGAUUCCAACUCGCCCUAGUAACCCUCAAGGAGGAUUCAAGUUCGAUGCUUGGAGUAUCUGGUUAUUGGAUGAUAAAACAGUUAAUUGCAAAACCCCUUCAUCGUUGAUGAAAGACAGAGGUGGUGUAAGGAAUCAAGGAUUUUGUAAAUGGAGGGUUGAUUAUGGUGAUACAUGGGAUUUCAUCUCCAUGUGUCCUGAAGAUAACGUUCUCGCCAUAGCUAAAGAACACCAAGAAGUACCAUGUGGAUAUCUUACGUCAAAUUCCACUGCGCUCACCUCACGUCGAAUUCAUUUCUACCAGCUAAUUCCUCCUGCGGGAACCCCGACUCCACCAAAAGGUGCUUUUCAGGGAGCUACCCGACAUCCCGAAGCAGCUCUCUCUUUCAUUGAAGUCAGAGUACCAGCCAAGUACCAUUUGCAUCAGGUGAAGAUUCAGCUUGCUCCUGGAGGAAAAAUGGGUGUCAUGCUCCAUGCUCCUGCAACAGAUGUAAAAUUCAGCUUUUUGGGUUUCUGGGAUUGGAAAAAAGGUGUCUCCUUGGGUGCGGUUACACCUACACCUCAUAUACUUAAAGCGGAUGAUUUUCGUUUCUUUGGUCCUUUUGUUAUUGUUUCCGUCUUUCGUGAGAUCGGAUAUCGAGAUGAGCUCUCUAAAGAAAAAGGGGAAUCUCGAGACGAUAACAGACGAUCAACGGCAACCAUCAGAAAGAUCGCUAAAGGUUAUAAAGUUCGAGGUAGAACCAGUCGCGCUGGACCAAGAGGUAGUCCACAUGAUUCCGAAGACGAAGAGAUGAGCGAUUCGGAUUUGCACAAGGAUAAUCUCGCCUGCAUUGAAACGUACGAACUGCUCAAGCCUUCAAAUGGGAAGGAACCUUCCCCAUUCGCACACCGAGCUUAUACGGACCGAGGAUACAACCCAUCUGAACCAUGCACAUGGGAUUAUCAGGAUAUUCCCACAUGUGCAGCGAUAGCUUCCUUCUUCACGCCUCCGCUUAAUUCGACUACUCAAGAUAUUGGACCAUUAAGUAUGAUGCUCCCUGGGUUACGUCAAGGAUUAGUUACUCCUAACACCUGUGAUCUAGGAGAAGUUUUCAUAGAUGACGCCUUACUCAAAGGUGAAAGAGAUGGUGUUAUGACUUUCACCAUCGUCGCUAACACCUAUGAUGAGUUUGGAAACCAGGUAAAUACCAAAUGUCAAGGUACAAUCAAUCUUAGAGAAAUUGUUCAUCGUAUCACUAUCAUAUUGACCGACAGAAUCAGGCCAGAAAACUGGGAUAGGAGGAGUCACGCCAUUCAGACUGAUUUAGAGACGAUGUGGUCUGAUGAUCCAGCCGUAUACCAAUCGCUUCAAAGACAAUUGGGCUUAGACCAAUCUGUUGUGGAAGGUGAAGUUGAUGAUGUAGGAUGGGAAAGCGAUCCAGAAGAGGCAGGACGAAUAUCUAUUUCUCUCGCGGCUCUCCAGCUGACAAGUGGCAAAUCAAAAUCAAGAGGGAGAGGGAAAGGUAAAACUUCAUCAACAUAUAAAACUAAAUCUGGGAAAACAUUACCCUGA